CACGAGGACGCACUCGCCACCAAGAGUUCGCCGGUCAACACUUGUCAAACUUCAUUUCACCUCUCCGGAUUUUCUGCACGUUUUACGCCGAUAUGGAUGCCUUGAAGUCGGCUGGGAGAGCAAUUAUCCGAAGACCCAGUGUGGCUAAACAGUCUUGGACUGUCGGAAGACACCGAAAGCUUUCAGAGAACUGGACCGACACAAGAGAGACCAUCUUGGCGGGGAUGACCUUUAACAUCCGUCACCUCGGCAUGACCUUAGUGGACCAGCCCAAAGGCGAGGACCUGGCAGCGGCGGCAGUAAAGAGGAUUGUUGCCACGGCUAAAGCCAGUGGGAAGAAAGCGCAGAAAGUCGUGCUUAAAGUGUCCACUCAAGGGAUCACCCUUUUCGACCGCUCCACCGACAGUUUCAUGGAAAACAUCUCCAUAUACAGAAUAUCCUACUGUACGGUGGACAAAGUGCAUGACAGACUGUUUGCGUUUAUCGCUCAAAACACCCUCAACGGGACACUGGAGUGCCACGCCUACCUGUGCUCCGCGAAGAAAGUGGCUCGUGCUGUAGCUUUGACAGUAGCUCAGGCUUUCGGAGUGGCUUUUGAACUUUGGCAAGUGAGAGUAGAAGAGAAAAGAAGGCGAGUCCAGUCCGAUUCAGGCGAGGAGGUCGGCGGUAGUUCGCACUUCGAGAGAUCCUCCAGCCCCAAAGCCAAAGACGUGGCCACCUUCAACCUGUUGGACUUGGAGGACAGUUUCGUAGCAGAAACCAAUGGGAAUGUUGAUCAGCUGGACAACCACAGGACAUCUGAGCGUAAUAAUAAUCCAUCUUGGAAACUACACAAUGAUUUGGACGAAGCCUUCUCCAGACUAGCCGUGUCGCGUACUAACUCGGAGAUCCUGGACGUUGGGCUGAUACCCCAAGACUGGCUGAGGGCACCCGAUUGGGGCUGCACCAAUGGAACCACCCCUGGCCGCUCUUUGAGAAUGACAUUCUCAGUUUCUGAUCACCUUUAAGCAAGAGGCAGUUUCAAAUGUACGUACAGCUGAUGGGAAUUGUUGUGUAUUUAUGGCCACGACAUGGGCUGGAGACCCAUAGUCGUAGUAAUUUUCUGCUUCAAAUAUCCAUUUAUAUCCAUUCCCAAAAGCGUCAUGUUAAAAUAAGCAGAGUAAUAGUGACUUUAAUUUAAUAUGCACUUGUAUGGAGCAUGUUGACCUCAGUAAAUUCAGUUUAUUGUUUAUUUUAAAUUUUUUUGUGCUGUUUUUGUGUUGUAAUAAUAAUAGAGCAUUCCCCAUGAAUUGCGAAAAUCUGCAAGCCAAAAAGGUUUGUAAUUGUGUAUUGAUGCCACCAGAUGGCGGCAAAGCACUUCUUUCUAUUAGACAAGGCUACGACCUGACGAAAUGAAGCUCCUCCCUUUAGUUCAAUACAGUUCCACAAGAUUGCACCAAAGCAAUAUUUUGUUUAUACUAGAUAUGGCUUUGGCUUGAGCAGAAAAACAGUGAAUAGAUGACUUUUUUAGUGAAUAACAGAGGUUAGAACCCCCAUAAAAAUCUUGCAAAUAGCAAAUUCAUGAAUGCCUAACUGUGACUGUGGAAUUCCCUAGUUUUUUUGGUUUUGUUUAGUUUUUUGGUAUGAUUAACAUGACUAAGACAAUCUUUAAUAAGCAAUAAUAAAAGCUGCACAGAUCAAAAGAAGUGUGUGAUCUGUGCAACUAUGUGAGUAAUCUAAUGUGAUGAUUGUGAGCUACAGGACAGCUGAUCUUGUGCGUACAUUAUUUUAUGACAUUAAUUAUUGUAUUAAAAGUAUUAACUCUUAAGUC